AUGAAAGGGUUAGCAGACGAAGGAGAGGCAUGUCCAGUCUCUAUUCUUUUGAGAAAUCUUCCUCAGAACCUAAGACUUGAGCCUAGAGAACCCUAUGCAAAGGCUAAGCUUAUUCCAAAGGAGCCAGAGGAUGGUAAAACGGUGUUUUUGGGCGUAUUUCCUGUGUCCAAUCUUCACCUCUGCUGUCUCUUCAAGCCGCUGUUGGUCAUCAUUGGCGGCGACAAAAUAUACUUUGCUUCCAUAUUUGCCUACGUCAACGACUUCGGCUGGACGUUUGGAACGCGCGCACACACAAACCUCGGCACUCACUCACAGCCAUGGCGAGAAACGAACUCCCCCUCCCCCGUCUUAAAUGCCGCUGGAGAGCUAUCUGAUGAAGGAAAGGAGCUGUAA